AUGGGUGAUAUUGAACUGCAGGGGAUGCCUGGCAGUCGGCCAAGUUACCUCCGAUGGGGUCCGAGAGCCUAUUUAGAUGAGCAAGGACCUACUGCUUCAUCAGAAAUGACUUCUAGUGCUAGUAGUGGAGAGCAUCAUCAUGGUAGUAGGGACAGGGACAGGCUGCAAGAAGGACCACAUAGAUAUGAUACAACAAGUACAAGAACAUCUCAUACUCCUGGUACGACGAGUACU